GCGUGCUCCUACCUGCCAGGCGCGGCCUCCCGCUGUCUCCCCCACCGCGCGGCGCCUCCUCCAGGCCCCAGCACACCGUGCCAACCCCGUGGCCGCCGCUGCCCUGCCGGGACCGAGGAACUUACAAUCAGAAGGGGGAGAAAACAACUGUACACAGAAGGAGAAUUGGUGUUUUUAUGGAGAUUUUGUCCUGAUGGCUGACUCUAAACCAGUCUUCUCCCUUGAUGGGGACCCCAUGGCUGCAGAAGCCUUGCUCCGGGAUGUGUUUGGGAUUGUUGUGACUGAGGUCAUUCGGAAAGGGACCAGUGCCUCCGAGAAGGUGUGCGAGUGGAAGGAGCCCGAGGAGCUGAAGCAGCUGCUGGACCUGGAGCUGCGCAGCCAGGGCGAGGCGUCGGAGCAGAUCCUGGCGCGCUGCCGGGAGGUGAUCCGCUAUAGCGUGAAGACCUGCCAUCCUCACUUCUUCAACCAGCUCUUCUCAGGGUUGGAUCCGCACGCUCUGGCGGGGCGCAUUGUCACUGAGAGCCUCAACACCAGCCAGUACACUUAUGAAAUCGCCCCUGUAUUUGUGCUCAUGGAAGAAGAGGUGCUGAAGAAACUCCGGGCCCUGGUGGGCUGGAGCUCUGGGGAUGGGGUCUUCUGCCCUGGUGGCUCCAUCUCCAACAUGUAUGCUGUGAACCUGGCCCGCUAUCAGCGCUACCCGGAUUGCAAGCAGAGGGGCCUCCGGGCGCUGCCGCCCCUGGCACUCUUCACAUCAAAGGAGUGUCAUUACUCCAUCAAGAAGGGAGCUGCUUUUCUGGGACUUGGCACCGAUAGUGUCCGAGUAGUCAAGACAGAUGAGAGAGGGAAAAUGAUUCCUGAGGAUCUGGAAAGGCAGAUCAGUCUGGCCGAGGCUGAGGGUGCUGUGCCGUUCCUGGUUAGUGCCACGUCUGGCACUACCGUGCUGGGGGCCUUUGACCCACUGGAGGCAAUUGCUGACGUGUGCCAGCGUCAUGGGCUGUGGCUCCAUGUGGAUGCCGCCUGGGGUGGGAGCGUCCUGUUGUCACAGACACAUAGACAUCUCCUGGAUGGGAUCCAGAGGGCUGACUCCGUGGCCUGGAAUCCUCACAAGCUUCUCACCGCAGGCCUACAGUGCUCAGCCCUUCUUCUCCGGGAUACCUCGAACCUGCUUAAGCGCUGCCACGGGUCCCAGGCCAGCUACCUCUUCCAGCAGGACAAGUUCUACGACGUGGCUCUGGACACUGGCGACAAGGUGGUGCAGUGUGGCCGCCGCGUGGACUGUCUGAAGCUGUGGCUCAUGUGGAAGGCACAGGGCGGGCAAGGGCUGGAGCGGCGUGUCGACCAGGCCUUUGCCCUUGCCUGGUACCUGGUGGAGGAAUUGAAGAAGCGAGAAGGAUUUGAGUUGGUCAUGGAGCCUGAGUUUGUCAAUGUGUGUUUCUGGUUCGUGCCCCCCAGCCUGCGGGGGAAGAAAGAGAGCCCGGAUUACGGUGAAAGGCUGUCUAAGGUGGCCCCGGUGCUCAAGGAGCGCAUGGUAAAGGAGGGCUCCAUGAUGAUCGGCUACCAGCCCCAUGGGACCCGGGGCAACUUUUUCCGCAUGGUUGUGGCCAACCCGGCGCUGACCCGGGCUGAUAUGGAUUUCCUUCUCAACGAGCUGGAAAGGCUAGGCCAGGACCUCUAAGCCUCCCCCUCGCUGCUGGCCCUGACACCGCCCACCCUCACCGUCUCUGUGCCUUCCCUUCCCGUGUUCUCUGGAACAGAGUGACCUUAACAACCUCUCUAUGCCUUGACCCACUAACUCUCUCAUUAAAUAUUUGCUAUUGGGAGAAUAUUUAAAUCAACUACAGUGUAUCAAGAUGAUGGAAUGGUACUCUGCCAUUAGAAUUGUAUUUACAAAGAAGAUUUUUAUUGAUAUGAGAAAAGAUAAUUUAAUAUAAUGUUAUAUUGAAAAAGCUGGAUACAAGACUUUGUAUAUAGUAAUAUCUGAGCGGUGUCAAACAUACAUAGGAGGAGACUGAUAAAAUGAAAUAUGCCAAAUAUUAACAGUUUUCCCUGGGAUGGGGUUAUAGGCAAUUUAAAAUUAAUUUUUUUAUUCCUUUUGUGCCCUUCCCUUAUAUUACAUAAUGAAUAUGAUUUACUGUUAUAAUAGGGAAAUAAUAAAAGUGAAACCUUCAACUAUA